CUUGACAUAAUAUUCUAUUACGUCAAAUCACAUAAUACACGAAGAUAACCAAAGUUUAAUAUAGAAAUUAAGCAGUUAAAACGUGGAUGGCAACUAAUUAGAUAAUCUAAUGAAUAUGCAAUUCAAGCAAGCACGUUUGCAAACAUUUUGUCACCGAGUCACAGAUAGUCACAGACUACAACAAUGUCGACUUUGCGUGCGAAGAAACGAGUACAUCACUAAUGUUAAAUAACACAAGCCCGCAAAUACUUGUUGUGGAAUUUAUUUUUUACACUGCGUAAAUUGAAUGUGAAAUGUGUGUAUAAACUAUCCAAAUGUUAAUAAACACGUGAGAAAAUGAUAACAUUCGGCGGUGGGAACAAUUCCACGGCGAUAGAAGAUACAGGGGAAGUGAGAAGCAUCUGCGAGAGUAUCUGCAGCGAUGGGUCCAGUGCGACGGUGCAGCCCGGGGGCUCCAACCAGCGACCUCGGAUGGAUAUAGCAUGUGUUUUGGAUAUUACCCAAACAUUGAAUCUUGCUCAUAGGAAAAGGGCUUUGGAAGAAGUUCGAUUGGCAUCUGAGCUGGUGAAUGCUAAUCUACAUCAUAUACCUUUCGAGAAGCUGGACUUUGGUGAAACAAAUGUACUGGACACAUUUUACAAUGCAGACGUGGCGUUGGUGGACCUCAGCUUGCAAGUACAGCAGAGCUCGUUGCUAUAUCACUUGGGAGUACGGGAGAGCUUUGACAUGAAGGAAAAUGUUCUACUGUACAACGAUGUUGAUGCGGACUCUACGCUCAGGCUUAAGUUUCCACAGUUGUCGCUACCGAAUUUUCUGUUCGUGUCAUACAAACUGACGGAGGCCGGUACCUGUGUGACGACAAACCCUGCAGCCACGAAGUUUAAGGGAGAUGAUUCAGCCGACCCCAAGCAACCAUUGACCUUACGACUCAAGAAUAUCUUGCAAGAUGUCGAAGUGCAGACUAAAGCCCAUCUCCAAGAGAAAUUCCUAUCGGACCUUCGCAAAGCUAGGGAGACAUACAGCGGUAGUGAGCUCGCAAACAUGUUGCACGCCAUGCGGCGUCGGCUAGACGACCCGGCCGUGUUAUCAGGAGACACGAUCCUCAACAUGCUGAUAUCCUACAGAGAAAUCCAGGACUACGACGCCAUAGUACAUGUCGUAGACGACCUCAAAACUAUAAUGAAUAGGAAGAAUUACGUCAAUAUGCCUAUUAUUAGGUUUUUGUACGCGUUUGCUAUGAAUCGGCGGAAUAAAGAAGGUGACAGGGAGAAUGCUCUUCGAGUAUGUGUGAAAGCGUUGGAGAAGAAAGAGAACAGGUUCCCAGACAUGCUGUGUCUGUGUGGCCGCAUAUACAAGGACAAGUUCGUUGAAUCUCAGCACACUGACAAGGAAAGUUUAGGGAAUGCAAUACAUUGGUACAGACAGGGUUUCGAAGUGCAACCAAAUGAGUAUGCAGGCAUCAAUUUGGCAACACUUCUAGUUAUAGCGGGCAAUGACUUUAAAACUUCAGAGGAAUUGCAACACAUAGGUAUGGUACUAAACCAUUUAAUAGGUAAGAAAGGCAGUCUAUCAUCACUGAAAGAAUACUGGGACGUAGCCACGUUCUUCGAAAUAUCAGUACUGGCACAGGACUACGUGAAGGCGAUACAGGCAGCAGAAUGUAUGUUCAAACUCAAACCACCGAAUUGGUACCUCAAAUCCACUAUUGGAAAUAUUGAAUUAAUUGAUAGGUUUAGGAAAAGUGAAGAAACAUCACCGGAACAACAAGUGUUCUCGUUUUGGAUGGAAUACUUCGUAGAGGCAACUAAGAGUGAAUGUGAAAAUAUUAUUAGGUUUCCUGUAUUAAUAUUGGAAACGACAAAAGUGUACAUGCCUUCAUAUGUGAACGUCAACAUGGGCGCUGAACAGAAAUCUGUGGAGAUCCUCAACUUGUGUCUGGAUUCGAUGCGCGGGGAAUGUCGACAGGUCCAUCGGUGGCUGUUCACUUCUGAUAUGAUUAGGAGUUACAGUUUAUACAAACGCGACGAGCGAUGUCUAUUCCUAUACGUGAGCGAGAAUUCAGACGACUUCCAAAUCUUCCUCCCGUCGCAAGCGUGUCGGCAGCGGUUACAUGAUCUGCUCGGUGAACUAACUGCUGACCAUGAAAAGGUCACGGAUUUGGAUACCAGUGUCAUGCAGGAUCAGUUGAAGUUCGAAUACGAGUUAGACGACAACAACCGCCGAGUGGUACUAGGUAAAGGUACAUACGGCGUAGUGUACGCCGCGCGAGAUCUCAACACACAAGUACGUAUCGCCGUCAAAGAGAUCCCUGAACGGAACCUCGGAGACGUACAGCCGCUGCACGAGGAGAUCCUGCUCCAUUCACAGCUUAGGCACCGGAAUAUUGUGCAGUACUUAGGUUCAAUAUCGGAAGACAACUACUUCAAAAUAUUCAUGGAACAAGUACCUGGAGGUUCGCUCUCAGCUCUACUAAGAUCAAAGUGGGGACCACUCAAGGAAAACGAAGCCACUAUAGCUUAUUAUACUAAACAAAUUUUGGAAGGUCUCAAAUACCUUCACGACCAGAAAAUAGUGCACAGAGACAUCAAAGGCGACAAUGUACUAGUGAACACUUAUAGCGGAGUGGUGAAGAUAUCGGACUUCGGUACGUCGAAGCGACUGGCCGGGCUGUGUCCUUCGACGGAGACAUUCGCUGGCACACUGCAGUACAUGGCGCCUGAAGUCAUUGAUAAAGGACAGAGAGGAUAUGGAGCGCCGGCCGACAUCUGGUCCCUGGGUUGCACAGUGGUUGAAAUGGCAACAGGAAACCCGCCUUUUAUCGAAUUAGGAUCUCCACAGGCAGCUGUAUUCAAGGUUGGCUACUACAAGAUGCAUCCAGAGAUCCCGAGCGAGUUAUCAGCGAAAGCCAAGAACUUCAUACUACGCUGCUUCAUACCAGAACCGGAGCAACGGGCGACAGCAGCCGAGUUACUAGAGGAUCCCUUCCUUUGCGAGAAGAAGAAGCCAACGAGUCGUCUAGGCAGUAACAUGGAUUAUAGCAGAAGCAUCUCAGUUCCUGCCGAUAAGGCUCGCCCAGUCACAGCUCAGAAAAAGAUCUCAGAACCUAGCAUAGCCAGUAAUCUACCAAGUUCACCAGAAAUCGAGGUGAAAACGAUCCGGUCUAAUCCUAUCACUAGGACUGCCUCGUCGAUGCUCUCACCAAUACUGAUAUACCCACCGGACUUGUCCAAUUGCAGUACUAUGCCCAACACACCGUCUACUGAUGAAAUGGACGGCAGCGAUACUUUAUUGAAUCGCAGAAGUUCGUCGGGAGGGCUCUUGUCGCCUGAGGUGGACAUGCCAAACGUGCCCCGUUGUUCUAUAGACGGGCCGGAACACGACGGUUUCUACUUACUAAAGAAGGACUCACAGCGGAGACUAACUCUCUCUCGCGUGUUAGAGCAGGACAGCGAGAAAAUAUGCUCAAAAUGGAUGCUCAGUAUACACCAGGACUUUGGAACUACUGUUUUGACUAUGAAUCACCUAGAAAUGCUACGCUGUGCCCUCAAAGAAUAUAUAAUGGAUCAGAACAGGAGUGUGAUAGAGCAAGCAAUAAUAACUUUGAAAGAAGAAUUGGACUUUGACUCGAAUGCUAUCAAUGAGUUACACUCAGCCAUAUAUAUGUUCCAAGAAGCUGUGAAUGCUGUGUUGAGGAUGCAUAGUAUUAAACCUCAUUGGAUGUUUGCUUUAGACAAUUUGGUGAGGAACGCUGUUCAAGCUGCCAUCACUGUUUUGUCGCCAGAGCUGGGAGCCAACCUGGCGGGGCAGGAGGGGCGGCGCAGCGGCGUGGCGGCGGCCGACACGUCCCCGUCCGCGCUGUCCUCCACCAACUCCGCAAGGGACACGCACGCACUGCACGCGCUCAGGCACGAGAACCACAAAUUACUUCAGGAGCUUAUAGAGAGUUAUCAACUGAACCAGACUCUUCUGCGGCAAGUACUAGAAGAACAAAAAUCACAAAUGAUGAUAUUCAAAGAGUUCGUUGAAAAGAAAUCUCGUAGUUGUACUCCAGAAGUGUUUGUGAGUCAGAGUGACUCUGCAGUGGACACUGGCGACGGCAGUGACUGUGUGGACGAGGGCGAAGCCCUGAGACUCCGCGAGUGGGUCGCCGCCCGAGGAUUACCUUCAGCCGUCACCAACGCACUGCUCAGCCACUGCUACGUACUGACUGAUCUACUACAACACGCGCAAAGGGAGGAUAUUGCGAAACUUAAUCUCAAAGGUGGAAUCGAGCUGCGAUUAUGGCGAGCGAUCCAGGAACAUCGACUACACAACAGCCCGCCCCCCCUGCGGCGCAGUAGCAGCACGGAGCCGGACGACGACGGCCCCCUACUUCUAGUAGAGGGCCGCGCCCGCCCGCGCCGCGCCGUGUCCACCGCCUCGGCCUGCUCCAGUAACCCCACCAUCGUCAUCCGCGACCAAGUCAACGGAGACGAUUCCGUUUCCCCCUACUAUGGGGAUGCCGGCCUCAACCUUUGACUACUGCGCGGGUGGUGCACUCUGCAAUAAGGAACUCUACAACGGCCAGUGUUACACAACCUUCUACAUAUUCUAGAACCUUCUAUAAUAAAUAUAUAGAAUCUGAUACCACCUAGACCUUCGAUACUUACUAGUAUCAAUGUUUUAAAAAACUCCGCGUUUAAUUACCUACCACCGAUUAAGCCUCUUCGCCCACGACGCCGUAUUGUAAGCAUAUAAGCAAUGUUCUAUAAAUAAUCAGAAUAAAUCAAAAAUCAGAAUGAAUAUGAAUGAAUAAAAGAAUAAAGAUAUUAUACUCAUUAGGUACAGAAGUAAUAGCGAUGGUUUACUAUAGAUUUAGCUGAGAACAUUAAAAAUAAUGAAAACUAAAUGUUCUAAGACCGAUACAGUAGUUGCCUAAUAGUCACAUUCUAAUUUGCCUAAUAGUUACGGUCACCAUCAAUCUUAAUUUUUUGUCUUUAUAAAAAAAAUAGUUUGUUUUACGCUCGAGAGCUUUUUUGGGGGAGUUCUCCCACCUUGGGCGAGGCCAGAGGGAUUGUCAAGACUUAUUGACUAAAAAUCACCCCGUUCCUACACCUGCUUUUCGAGCCGGAGCCCCGGUAACCUGCGCAAUUCGCAGCUCGGGGUCGGUACGCUCGAAAGCAUUGUGGUUGAGAGGUACAGGUUUCGUCAGAAAGGAUUACAUUUCAAUUCGUUGCUCUUUGUCAAUGGUGGUAAUUAAAACGCUUAAAUGUUGCAUAUUAGAAUGCUCAAUAGUAAAUACUUUCUAAACUGGUCGUUAUUGGUUGUGUUGAUAAAGUGAUAAGCAAUUUUGAGACAAUAUCAUACCUUUACGGAUUAUUUGAGUGAUUUCUUAUUUAAUUGUGUUCAUUAAUAGUGAAAAAACGUCACAAAUUUUGGAAUAAAUGGUCCUAACUAGCAUGGUGUAGAUGUAAUAACAAAAUGUAGUUGAAUUUUUUAAAUAACAUAAUUUAUUAUUCGUUCAGUUUUUGAAUAACACAGUUGUUUGUUUAUUCAAUGUUGAAUAACAUAGCUAUUCAAUCGUUUGAUGUUGAAUAACGUAGUUGGACUAAAAUUGCUGUUGCUUUUAAAACAAUAACACCGCUUGAGGCCGAGAGUGUGUCAUCCGAAUAACUAUUUUGUAAAUAUAAAUAGGUUUGUAUUUAUUAUUACUAAAAGGCAGAAGGAUAUCGUUAAAUCCUUAGCAAGUAAAUUAAUCAAUUUGUCUCUAAAAAACGACUAUUUGAUGUAAAAAAAUAAUGCUACAUACUUUUCUCCUCACUCGCUGCUAAGCUAAAAUUGCCCUUAAUACCGAUGUAAUAAGGUCCACCAACGAUAUCCUUCGCCCUACAUAUAACUAGUCCCUGUAAAUACUAUAGGAAUGUUUGUAAGCAUAAUACAUUAAGUUACACUGUAAACGAAACAAUGUUCUUAGUUCACAAAAAUAUUUUGUAUGGUGCUAACGCGUUGUGAUGGUAUUGUAGUGAAAAAGUGCCUUUAUACGCUUGCGCGCUAACCAACCUAUACGUACAUAUUAUAAAUAUGUCUUUAAAUACAUUAAUAAUACGACGAUAAAGGAUUUUUAAAGAAAAUCUUUUUUAUGUACACCCUUUUUUGAGGGGGAAUAUCACCCAAUAACUUCUCACGCCCUGGGCGAGAUAAGAGGGAGUGUCAGACUUUUAUUGACUAAAAACCACCCCGUUCUUACUCCUACUUUUUGAGCCGGAGCCCCGGUAAACCCGCUAGGUAGUCCGCAGCUCCAGAUCAGGCAUCAGCGCCAUACGCACGGGUCUGGUACUGGUCGGGCGGAGAGCCACCCUUGCUCGCUUUAUGUACCUUGUAUACCGAACGACAUAGAAUGACAGUCGAUUAAGGCAGUUUUUAAUAAGAACUGUAUGUCUAAACAAUAUAAGAUUCAAAAUACCGUAACAAUAGGUUACGACGACAUAACAAUAUUAUUGCCAUGACUAUUAAAACGAUUUUUUGAUAAAUCUAGGACUUACAGACCGACAAAAAAUGGAAAGGAAAUUAAAUAUGGCUGCUAUGUACAUAGGCACGCCUGCUUUUUACAGUUUGUUCUUUUGAGAGCUACCGUUUUUGCACACCAGAGGGCACUAAUGUAGAUCAAGGUCCUGUUUGUCCAGUAGAGAAUUAUCUUUGUUAAGUGUCAAACUAAAUUGAACCUUAUGAUAUGUUAGUGUCAUUUGAUGAGCACAAAAACGUUAGCCCUUAUUACCAACACAUUAGUGUUGAAAUUACUAAAUCAUUGUUUAGCAAGCUUCAAGCUUCGCUGCUUAUAUAAGCAAACAUAUAAAGUAUACAAUACUUUAAGAUAUAUAAUUAUAGUUCAUUAUAAGACGCUAUAUCUUUUGAGUGCCAUACAUACAUAUUUUCUUAUUAUUAAAAAAAACUUUGUAUAUUUUCUUAAUAUUAAUAUUUACUGUUAAUAACUAAAGAUUUUAUUAAAACGUAUGAAAUAAUGAACGUGAUCUGAAAAGCUUAAAAUAAAUAUAAUUCAGAGUUAAUUAUAUUUUUAGUAUUACUAAGAUAUUGGUCGGUAAUAAAUAAAUACUGUAAGGUGUUAUAGUAGUAAUAAAAAUUGUGUUUUUCAUUAAAAAAAUAGUUUAAAAAGUGUUCUCUGCAAGAUUAAUAUUUUCAAAAUUGUAAUAUAACGGCCUAACAUAGCCUUAUAAAAUGUCUAAUUCAAUAUAAUUUCUUGCUAUUGCUGAUAGCAAUUUAACAAUACUCAGUAAUACUGUUGUGAAGUACAAAUAUAAUAACAUUACGUGAAUUAGAUCCUAUAUGCAGUAAAGGUGUAACUAAACUCACAUAUUUUAUGAUAUCUCGAUAUUAUCGGUACCUUUCGAUUUCGUUAAACGUAAAAUAAACUCGUACUAAGCCCUUUGUUAUCGUUUUUAUUUAAUUCUCUAAACAUCAAUAUUCUACAACAUUUAAUAAAAGCUCGAUAAUUAAUCGUAAAAAUAUCGCUAUUUAAAUAAAGUGUUGCUAUAGGUGUGCCUAUAGCACAUUCAAUUAAUUAGGUAACAUAGUUAGGAGUUGUAAAAAUGAAAUGACUAUACUUUAUAGAUGUGCAAAUAAUUAAAUUACUUGUCUACAGUUGGUUUACUGAUAGUUAUAUAUAUAUUAACUCUCUUUGAAUUUAAUCCUAUUAUGUAAAAAUCCGACAAUCCGAUUUGACCGAUUAAUCGAUAUUAUCGGUAUACGUCAAGUUUAGUUGCACCUUUGUAAAAAAAUGUUUACGCUUAGGCUGAACCCAAUAAAUAUGAAUUGUUAGUGUUGUAGACUUAAGUGUUAUAUCGUUAAUUGGGUAGUUUCCUCAGUCAAAUGUAAAUAAUUAAUGAUUUCGAUUCUUUUCAAUACAAUAAAACAUUAAAAAAUAAUCACACUUUCAUUCAUACAUCUAAUUUUUUAUUUAUUUAAGCUAAUUUUCUCGAAGUAAGUCUGCUAUUUGACGUAAAAAUCGAAUGACGUCAUAAGGCAUUAUUUCUUAAAAAAAUCAAAGCUAAUAAAAGUUGUUGACGUUUCGAAAGAAAGUAGUGAAUUUGACCAGUAGGAAACUAACCUAUUUGAGCUAAACAGUAGAGAACUACUAAAUUAUAGCUUUAAUAAUAUCAUUAAUUAAUGUAGGCGUAGAACUGUUUUGUUUUGAUAUUCGCUGAUUUUUUUUGUAUUUACGUAAAUAAGUUUGUAAAUCAUAUUUGAAACGUCGCAAUUGUAUACCUUUUUUGAUGCAGUGUUAAAAUCUAAUCAGAAUGCGUUCUUCUUAACCAUAUAUUUCAAUAAAGAAAUUUUUGUUUAUGUAAAGAUCUGUGUUUAUGCACGACAGCUUUUCUGAAACAUUAAAAAAGUAAUACUUGUUCUUUUUACAUUGUUUUUAAAACUGUUUCUUUCUAUGCCAUGUUUUCUUGUUUAAAACUCAUAUUUUCACACUUUUGUCGAACUUGUUCCCAGCAAUUGUACACCAAAAUCAUGUCUACAUAGUAAAAUAUUAUUAUUAAGUUGUAAUACCCUUUUCAACUUUGUAAAAGUAACUAACUAUGUACCUAUUGUUAGGUAGAAUCUACCCAUAUAAUUUAAUAUUUCUUUGAGUAGCUAAAUAAUAAAUGAUUAAUGAUU